AUGUCGGACGACGUCUCCAUCCUCGUCCUCCUCGACGAGUGCGAAGAUGCGAUCGCGCAUGUGACCGCGACCUGGGGCAUGGACAUGGAUGAGGAAGCGCCAUGGCAUGCUGCCGAAGCCAUCGCUGCCGAGUGCUGGGCGACAGUCCAUGCGCUCUGCAGCGCCGACGACACGGCGUGGCGCAUGGACGACAAGCCAUGCAGCGAAGCUGUUCCCGUGAUGGAGGCCAUCCUCGUAGCUACCGACGACGACGGUAGCGAGACGCCCACGAAAAACGCGACGCUCGAAGAUGAGCUGCUCGACUUGGAGAAGGAGCUAUCGCUCGCCAUGGCCCAGAUCCAAACGGUGGACAUCGAGGCAAAACCAAUAGCACCAUGCAUCGAGCCAUCGCCACAACGAGCGUCGCCGAUUGCCAAGAAGAAGAAGAAGCGACGCCGCCAGCACAUCAACAAUACACCUCGAAGCAUUUGGCAUGGGUACCAAAAGCUCACACUCCAGUCGCACGUCGAGCGACAAGCCAAAGCCAGGGCCCAGCGCGAGGUGAGUUCGCUCCACGCGCCACUCCAAUACGUAAGCUAA